UCCGAAACAUGUCGCGCGAGUGACUAAAACAAGUGAGUCUAAACCGUAAAAUGAUUUAAAGCACAAUACUAAUCAUAAAUACCUCUCCCUUAAUUUAAUGUUCUGAAAGCGUCUAUUUGCGUGACGAUAUAUAGGACAGACUAGGGGAGGCCUUUGCCAAAGGGCAGACUGACAAUGAAAACGUCCCGGAUGUCAGAAACACAAAUUAGAAUAAGUGAAACAUAUAUAUAUAUAAAGAUGUUUUUUUAUUGUAAAAAAAAUAAGUCAGUAAUAAAGGCUUUUUAUUUAUUUAUAUAUAGGACAGUUGAUAGUUGACGAUGGAGUCAACGUUGCAAGACACGGAGGAAGUUUUCGUGAAGGCUGAACCCACUGAGGAGUAUGUACAAGACGGGCCCUUGUGCGAUGUGUCUAUUAAAACUGAGCCGUCGUGUGUAAAGGACGAGCCAUUUUUCGAGAGAGUGUCUUUUGAAAUGGAGUUGAAAGAUGUGUGUGUAAAACGGGAGCCCUCAAAGACAGAUGAAGCGGCGGCGGAGGGACUGUAUGCCGGGCAUCUCGAGAAUAAUGAGCUGGUACUUGAUCCUGUGCGCGGUCCCGAGCCAGCGGUGGAGAAGCACAUCGUUGCUUCCCAAGGGCAAUCUCUAAAGAAAAAAUCAAGUGGAAAACCAAAAAAGUUGAAAUGUGAUGAGAAAUCUAGUAAAAAAAAAACUUUAGGAGUCCAAAAAAGGCAUCGCACUGUAGAGAAAUUAAAAUGUGAACGAAUUUAUGCUGGUAUAGGCAAAAGUAAUUUACUACAUGAUGUGAAACUUUAUAAGUGUAACCAAUGUAGUUUUGCCUGUACCCAACAAGAUGAUUUGCUAAAACAUAAAAUUGUACACACCGUCAACCCUCAAAAGAAUUUGCAAGUGCUUGAAAAGGAAAGGAAAUAUGCUAAAGAAAGGGUAUACAAAUGCAGUUAUUGCAGUGAUGCUUUCAUAGAAGAAGCAAGUUUGCAAAGACAUGAACGGAAACACACUGGUGAAAAGCCCUUCAAAUGCGACCAAUGCAGCUAUGCUGGUACACAGUUAAGCUUUUUACUACGCCACAAAGCUUCACAUAGCAAUGUAGUCAAACCUUAUCAAUGUAGCCAAUGUGACUUUGCUUGUGGCAAAAAAGAUGAUCUAUUAAAUCAUAAAGUAAUACACACUGAUGACCAACCUUUUAAGUGUGGGGAAUGUAGUUUUGUUACCAACAGUAAUAGGAAUUUGCAACUGCACCAAGCGACUCACACUGGUGCGGAGACUUACAAAUGUAGCACAUGCGAUUUUACUACUUUAAGGAAAUAUAACCUAAUAAUACAUGAAGCGAGACAUGCUGACAAACGUUACAAAUGUGAAAAAUGUAGUUUUGGUUGUGAUCAUCAGUUUGAACUAAAAAAACAUGAAAGGAUACACACUGAUGAGAAGCUUAAUGAGCAUAUCCAGGAUACUAAUGCUCGAGACAGUUUAAGCGACCAUCCAUCAACACAGGAAGGGCAAUCUCCAAAGAAGAAAUCAAAUGGAAAACCAAAAAUCUUUAAAUGUGCUAACUGUGAAUAUGAAACUGUAAAUCUGGUCUGCUUAGUAAGUCACGCAAAGAAACAUUGUGAUGAGAAAUCUACCAACAAAAGUACUUUAGGAGUCCAAAAAAGGCAUCGCACUGUGGAGACAUUCAAAUGUGGACGAAUUUAUGCUGGUACAAGCAAAAGUAAUUUACUACAUGAUGUAAAACUUUAUAAAUGUAACCAAUGUAGUUUUGCCUGUACCCAACAAGAUGAUUUGCUAAAACAUAAAUUAGUACACACCGUCAAACCUGGCAACCCUCAAAAGAAUUUGCAAGAGCUUGAAAAGAACGAUACUAGGGAAAAGACAUACAAAUGCAGCUAUUGCAGUGAUGCUUUCUUAGAGGAAGUUAGUUGGCUUGUACACGAACGGAAACACACUGGUGAAAAACCCUUCAAAUGCGACCAAUGUAGCUAUGCCGGUACACAAAUAAACUUCUUAAAACUCCACAAAGCUUCACAUAUCAAUGUAAAACCUUAUAAGUGUAGCCAAUGUAACUUCGCUUGUGCUAAUAAAGAUGAUCUAAUAAAUCAUAAUAAAGUAAUACAUAACAAAGACCAACCUUUUAAGUGUGGGGAAUGUAAUUUUGUUACCAGCAAUAAUAAGAAUAUGCAACUGCAUCAAGCCACCCACACUGGUGAGGACAUUUACAAAUGUACCACAUGCGAUUAUACUACUUUAAGGAAAAAUAACUUAACACAACAUGAAGCGAGGCACGCUGUCAAACGUUUCAAAUGCGGCCAAUGUAGCUAUGCCAGUACGAAAAUAAACUUUUUAAAACUCCACGAAGCUUCACAUAUCAAUGUAAAACCUUAUAAGUGUAGCCAAUGUAACUUCGCUUGUGCUAAUAAAGAUGAUCUAAUAAAUCAUAAUAAAGUAAUACAUAACAGAGACCAACCUUUUAAGUGUGAGGAAUGUAAUUUUGUUACCAGCAAUAAUAAGAAUUUUCAACUACAUCAAGCGACACACACUGGUGAGGAAAUUUAUAAUUGUAGCACAUGCGAUUAUACAACUUUAAGAAAACAUAACCUGAGACAACAUGAAGUGAGACAUGCUGCCGAACGUUUCAAAUGUGAAAAAUGUAGUUUUACUUGUAUGCAUCAGUUUCAACUUCAAAACCAUGAAAGGAUACAUGAUGAGAAGCUUAACGAGCAUAUCCAGGAGACUCAUACCGGAGACAGUUUAAGCAACCAUCUAUCAACACAGGAAGAUUCGGCAGCCGGCGCCACCACUAGAUCUAGUGCAACAAAUAAUUAAUUCUUAAUGUUGUUUGGGUUCCGUACCCAAGGGGUAAAAACGGGACCCUAUUGACCCGUCUGUCUGUCACCAGGCUGUAUCUCAUGAACUGUGAUAGCUAGACAGUUGAAAUUUUCACAGAUGAUGUAUGAAAAAAAAUAUCAAAAAAGUUUAUUGUGCAAAUUUGAGUAUACAAUAAAUCACGGCCCUGUGUCCUGAGCUAGGAAACCCUGUGUCUGUGUUGUGUGUGUGUGUGUGUGUAUGCCGCUAUAACAACAAAUACUAAAAAGUACGGAACCCUCAGUGGGCGAGUCCAACUCGCACUUGUCCGUUUUUUUUUUAA